AUGUUGGGAAUGUUGGCAACUGAAGGAUUUAUAAACAUAGAAUCAUCAACAUCCAAUGAUGAAAUUGAGGAAGAUGAAUAUUUGAGAGAUGGCACAGAUUAUGGCAACAUUACCCGUAUUCAUGAUGAGAAUACGGAAGAUGUAAUUUCUGAUGAAGUAACUGAGACAGCUUAUUUAAUGGAUGGCAAGACUGAUUCUUUUCCUGAUAAUUCUGAACCUGAUCUAAACACAACUAUAAUACCCGGGGUUGAAAUGGAACCAUCUUCAUCCAUCUGGGAGGGUAUAAUGGGCCUUGUGGAAGACUUGGAUGGGGAUUCAAAACUGUUAGAUGAAUCACAUGAUGAAGCAGCUACGAAUGACUCAUCUAAAGACGAAGACUACAUCCUUGAGUAUUCACUAGAAUAUGGGUUCCUACGAUUGUCACCAAGUGCUCGCUUACAUCUUAAGAUCCCAGUGAAGAUUGUAACCUUGGAUCCACAAAAGGACGAGUGCUUUGGUGACACAUUUUCUCGGUUUGUGCUGGAUGAAUUCCUCGGAUAUGACGACCUUCUUAUGGCAUCGAUAAAGACCUUGGCUGAGCAAGAGGAUAAUAAAGGUUAUUUGAGGAACGUAAUUACCGGGGAGCAUUACCGUUUCGUCUCUAUGCUAACCGCGCGGAGCUCUUACAUCGCGGCCUUCUUCAUAAUGCUAGUCUUUACUGUCUCCAUAUCGAUGCUGCUUCGAUAUGCCCACCAUCAGAUCUUCGUGUUCAUAGUUGAUCUUCUUCAAAUGCUGGAGUUCAAUGUGACGGUGUCGUUCCCGGCCGCUCCACUACUAACCGUUAUUUUGGCUUUAGUAGGCAUGGAGGCUAUAAUGUCGGAGUUCUUCAACGACACCACAACAGCUUUCUAUAUCAUACUAAUCGUAUGGAUUGCGGACCAGUAUGACGCCAUCUGCUGUCACACGGCCAUCGCCAAGCGGCACUGGCUGAGGUUCUUCUAUUUGUACCACUUCUCGUUCUACGCGUACCACUACCGCUUCAACGGCCAGUACAGUAGCCUAGCGCUGGUAACGUCGUGGCUGUUCAUUCAACACUCCAUGUUGUACUUCUUCCACCACUACGAGUUGCCCGUGAUACUACAGCAGGCGCAGCUGCAACAGCUCCUGCUGCGCUCGCACCACGGCAUGGGUGGCAUGAUGGGCCUGGCGGGGAUAGCGGCCCUGGCCAGCGGCGCCGCUUACCACGACGCGCCCGGCACCGGCACGCAGGCCACACCGCCCACCGCGCAGUCGACCACCCAGACCGUGCAGAGCACCGCGCAAUCAACCACUCAGACCUCGCCGUCGGUCUCCACGGCGCAGACCAACACCACGCACACGGGCGAGGUCGACCCCCCCAGGGUGGCAUCGCCAGAAACGACCGCCACAGGCACCAACACGGGCAGCGAAAGCUCGGACACAUCCAUAGCGGCGUCGAAUCGGGACGAGAUCAUCAGAACCGAUAAGAGCUCCGUCAACACGACCGUCGAGGGCGGCGUAAAAAUCGAAGAGAUCAACAGAAAGCAGUCCGACAGCGAUAUAAAAAUUGUGAGAAGUAACAAUUCUGCCACCGGGGAAGUUGAGACGGCUAAAAUGCGUUUGUCCGGCGAAGCUAACGACGAGAAAGUUAGCGUGAGCUUGGAAAAAGUCGAUAGCUCAACUUUAGACCGCAGACGCGAGCAAACCACGGUCCUAUCCGUCGACGAUCCGCCCCCGUCCAAUGUAGACGGAAUGACUACGACGAAACUAGCUCCUAGAGCUUCACCUGAGGCUGACGAUUUGGAU